AUGACCACUGCUAUCGUUGCUGGCUCAUCGGGCGUGCCAGGCUCGACGGAUGGCGUCGGCGCGGCGGCACGGUUCUCGUCGCCGGCGGCGGCAGCUGCCCUCGGAUCAGGCGCGGGCUUUGUCUACGUGUCGGAGAUCGGUGCCUCGGCCCACCGCAUCCGCAAACUCGAUCCCGGGGCAAACUGGGCCGUCUCUAUCUUUUGCGGUGUGGGGGCGGUCGGCUCGGCUGAUGGCGCGUGCGCCUCGGCAUCCUUCUCGUCGCCGGUUCAUCUGGCUGUUGAUGACACGACGCUGUACGUGGCGGAUCGUGGCAACCAUGUUGUGCGUCGAGUUGACCUCGCUGCGGCAACUGUGUCAACUCUUGCAGGCACAGCAGGUGCCGCCGGGCGCAUUGAUGCCACUGGUGCCGCUGCUCGGUUCGACUCGCCCCGGGCGCUAGCGCUCUCGAGCGAUGGCGCGACAUUGUAUGUCGCCGACACGAGCACCAUCCGCUCUGUCGCCGUGGCCACCGGCAAAGUGAUCAACAUCGCAGGCGGUGCCAGCGUCUUUGAUCCAGUUGAUGCUCUCGGUGCCGCCGCACGGCUGCAGCCGCGGUCGCUGACGCUCUCGGUUGACGGUACGUCGCUGAUCUUUGUUCAGGCGUGCGUGGCCAACUCGGUCAUCCGCAAAGUCACCCUGGCGUCCGGCGAGCGGAGCGCAGCGCCCGCCCUGGGCACCGCUGUGGAGCCGCUCACCACGCUAGCUGCCAUCUCGUUCUGUGGAACGGUGUACGCGCCUGCGACGCCAGUCUCGAGCAUGGUCGCCUCGGUUUCGCUCUGCGACACCGGAUCGCUGGUGACCGAUUCGGUCGUCGCUGACCUUGUCGUCAACGGGACGCAGGGCCUCACCAUCGGUGUUCCGAUGACAGUGACUGGUGGAGCACAGGUCGGGGUUGGGGCAACGGUCACGGUCCCGUCCUCGCUCACCAUCGCCAACACGUUGACCGUUGUCGGCACGCUGAGCGUGUCGGGUGCCGGUCGAGUCACCGCAAGCUCCAUCGUUUUGGGUCCAUCAAGCACGCUCUCGAUUAUGCUCCCAAUUGACCCGGCAAACGUGGCGCAGUCUUACGUGACGGCAACAACGUCUGUGACCCUCGAGCGUCCGCUUCUCAUCAUCCGGCUCCCGGUCAACGGGCUGCUCGACGCUGGGACACAGAUCACCAUCUUGACCGCCGGAAACGUCAUAGGACAGUUUAGCGCGGCACGUCUAGUCGGCCCCGCGACCCGGGCGGCAUCCGGCUCAGCCACCGGCGUCUCGGUGUCCUGCGACGCUAAGAGUUGCGUCGUGACCGCGACGGCAGAGACUGCUUCCCGCUACUCGCUCCUCAACUUUAUCACCAUCGUCAUCAUCGUCAUCAUCGUAGUCAAUGAUUUGGGACUUGCAGGUGGGAUUGUGGCGUCGUACGUGGGCUAUAUGUCGCUGUGGGAGAACUUGAAAGCUACGCUGGCGGCUCGGAAGAUGAGCAUGGCCAAGCUGGCGGGUGUCUCGGGUGGGGUUGCGGCGCUGUUUGCCCUCUCCAACGCUGCUUCGUUUGCAGGCCUGGCGCUGACCUCGCCUGGAUCGGCCAUCACCUUUGUCUCGUCGUCUGCUGUCUUUGUCUACGGCCUCUCGUGGCUGCUGUUGGGCGAGUCGGCGACGUGGGGCAAGUCGCUGGCAGUGGUCCUCUGCCUCGGCGGAACAGCCAUGACUGCAAUGGCGGAGCACGACUCGUCGCACGCCCCCAAUCCUGUUGCCGGUGAUAUCAUCUGUGCCUUUGCCGGCCUUCUCCUUGCGUUGGGUCUUGUCUUUUUCAACAUGACUCUUCGCGGCGCCAACAUCUCGUACCUCACUGGCUACGUCACUCUCAUGGGCCUCAUGGCCUUUGUCCUCGCGCCUGGCUUCCUCAUCCAGCAGUACGGCCAGAAGCAUCCUGUCGAGCUUCCGCCGAGUGGCCAGGUCUGGCUGUGGACGCUCAUUGCGCAGCUCCUGCUCAAGGCGCUCAACGUCUUUGUCUUUGUCGCCCUCCUCGUUUCGUCACCGCUCUUUGUGGCCAUCGCCAACAUGCUCUGCGUCCCCACCACCGUCCUCGUCGACUACAUCCACGGCUGGAUUGAGCCUUCUGCUGCCGUCCACUCUUCGCCGGUCCGUCUGGCCGGCAUUGCCGUCGUCAUCCUCGGCUUCUCGGUCCUCGAGACGCUCCGCCACCGCGACACCCCUCCGCCCGAGGCUGACCACGAGCUCGACCCCGCUGCGCCGGCGGUCCAGUAA